AUGCAGGAAAUUAAAAUAACUGAAAGUCCAGAACGAACUUCAAGAAGAUCAGUAACGCCGCACACCCGGCUUCUAUCUUCUGAUAAUUUUUCAUCAACAAAUACCAGAUCAGAGACCCCAUCUCGAAAAAGUUUGGCAUCUGAAAGAUAUCAUCAAAGGAGUACAGUUUUUGACGCCACCAUUGAGCAAUCGUCAAUUGACCAAGGUUUUAUGACUCCAACCCAUGUAACUAUAGACUUAAAUAGAUCUCCUACCAAGCAAAGAAUAACAAGGACUUUUUCGUCAACGGUCUUUUUACCUCCAGAGCCAGUAGUUUUAACGGUCAGUCCAUAUAAGCCUAAAGAUCACAGUGUUCAUGAUUUAUUUGGCAGCGAAGAAAUAGAAUGGCACUCUAAAAGAAACACAAUCCCUGGCUAUGAGCCUAAUUUUCAGCCAAAAUACAAAGAAAUUAACCCAACGGUCACAAAAAACGAAGACAUGUAUGGAAAAGCUUCAGAGUCCUGUGUCCCUAAAAGUGAAUUGGAAGAAAUUCCUCCCUCAAAUUUGACUGCAAAAGAUGUGUACAUUAAAAGGCAUCCUUCUGACAGAGAAAUGAGCCCUUCAGCUAGGAAGUCUCUUGAUAUAGUAUCCCAAGUUUUCCCACAAGAAAAUGAAAGGAUUAAGAAAGUAACUAUAAAAGAAGAACCACAAAAUAAUAUAAAAUCUAUAAAAAGAGAAGAACCUCAAAAAAAUGCAAAAAUAAGAGAAUAUAACUCACUCACACCAAGGAUUAUGAGAUCAGAAAGAUUUGAGGAAUCACAAAAUACCCCUUGCAGGGUUAGGCUGAUUAAAAGACCUCACAAAUAUGAUGAGAACACAGAAAUAAAUAUACCAAAAACUACAAGAGAAAGCCUUGAAGAGCCAAAAGAAGGAAUCAAGCCGAUUCAAAAGCCUCAGCAAAGCAAUGCUCAGUGCCAAGCUAUAAUCGCUAAGGAGCUCAAAAUGAGAGAGUUAAAUCUUACAAAUAUUCCUUACGUAAAAGAUGAGCAUAAAUUUGAAGAUUUUGAGCUCACAGGACUAUCUCCAAAUACAGAUGAAAGAAAUAUCAGAGACCUUUGUAAGGGUGUCCAUGUUGUAAAUAUAUACAGGCUUAUAAUAAAUGUAAAUAUUUUUAAUAAUAGCUGAUUUUGAUAUAUAAAUACUAAUAAAUAAGAUUAUUCAUUAUAAAUAGCAUAACCCCUCGCUACAAUAAUAUCACUGGAGAAUGCACUGGCUCAGCAAUUUUAUCACUAAGAUAUCAGCCUAUGUACAAGUCAAUUGAAAAUCUCCAAUUAAAUUGUCUUGAAAAAGGCUUGACCUUAUCCCCUUCUAAAAAAGACGUUGGGAAAAAAAAUAACUACACAGAGCUAUCUACAAGAAAAUUUUUAGACAAUAUUUUGAAGCCUGAAGAAAAAAGAAUUAUUGAUAAAUACGCAACUCCGAGGGUGCAGAGACCAGAUUUAGUUUCUUCAGAUGACGUCUAUGGAAGCAGUCCAGGUGUUGGAAGAAUCAGUUAUUUUACUCCAAAAUCGCCUGACAAAAUGAGAGCGUCACUGGACUCUUGAAGCAAGGUAAAAAACACUCCUUGCAAAAGCCCAAUGAGGUCGACAUCCAGAAUGAGAACAGCCAACUUUAUGAAAAAUACAAUUUCGUCCUGUAAUAAACUGAAAAAGGUGUAA